AUGGCUUCUUCCACCGUCAACUCCGCGCCUAUUGCGAACAAUCCCUCCGGCAAUGCAUCGGCACAGAACUCGGGCUCUCGACCUACGUUGAGGACCAGCACAAAUACCAAAUCGUCGGAUGGCGGGCGGCGACAGACAGGUAGCCCAGCGGACGCCGGGCAGAGACGCAGUAACUCGCAGAAGGCUUGGACUCAAGGCACGAACCCGAUCACUCAGCGUCCGUCUUUUCCCCAGCAGAACGGCAACAUGUCCCAACGACCAUCGCCUUCUCCCAAGCCCGCGAAGGAGUCGAAUACCCCAGAUAACCACGCUCAUGACCGCAUGGUGUUCUUGUUUGCUAGCUUUACUGGACUCAACACUACCGUUACCACGAAGAAUGGUGACCAAUUCACCGGCAUAUUCUCUUACUCGUCUCUUGAAUCCCACGAGUCCACUGUUACUCUCAAGAUGGCGCAGCGACAGACGAAACAGGAACAGCAGCGGGCUAAUGGAGUGAGCGAUGUCGCUAGUCCGUUUUUCGGUUCGGCACCAGAGCAUUCCAUGACUUUCACUAUGAAUGACAUUCUGGACAUUUCUGUGCCGAAUGUUACGACAACUGACGUAUUAGCGAAGCCUAAUGGAGCUACCACCGGGUUUCGGACGGAUGCCGAUAUCUCUGGAAAUCUUGCGAAGCGCGAGCGAACAUUACAGCGCUGGGAACCCGGAGCAGAUGCAAACACUGACAUGGCUCUCGAAAGUAUUUCGACUGCCCACAACAACUGGGACCAGUUCGAGACGAACGCACGACUCUUUGGUGCUACUAGCAGCUAUAACGAGGAUAUGUAUACUACCCGCAUCGACCGCUCGGAUCCAACGUAUAAGCGGAAAGAGGCAGAAGCCGCUCGCAUUGCCCGUGAAAUCGAGAACAGCGACGCAGACAAUGCACACGUGCGGGAGGAGCGUGGAAUUCAAGCGCCUGAUGCUGGUGAUGAAGAAGACAAGUACAGUGGUGUGCGCCGCGACGAGAAGAGCUUCCCUCCAUUGGCCUCUGGCCAGUCGAACAAAUAUACACCACCUGCGCUCAGGAACAUUAACAAUCAGCUGACUGCCACCGCUCCCCCUUACACGGGCUCAGUCAAGCGGGCGAUUAGCACAAAAGAGACCACCCCCACAACGCAGCCAACAAAGGAGCCCGUUUUGGCGCAGCAAUCUGCAGCAUCCAUGGUCAACGCCGGCCCUGCCGCUGACCCAGAGCGAAAAGCCGUCCCUCCCAAAGCUUCCUCCACCACUCCUGCUGCUGCCAAGGGUGCUCCUGAUAAUAGCAACGAGAUUGAAGUCCUGGAUCGUUUCCGUAUUUUUGCAAACAACGAGCGAUCCAAGUUGAACCAACAUCGUCGUAACGCGGCCGCUGUGGACCGGUCACUCAAGCUCAACGAGUUAAUGAAGUUCUCUCAGAAUUUCAAGCUUGCAACUCCUGUACCGAAAGACCUAGUGCCUAUUCUGGCCAAAGACCCGCAUAAGCAGGAAGCAAUCAUCCAACGAGCGCAGCAGAACGCUGCUGAGGAGAAGAAGACGCCCAAAGAUACCACUGUCGCACCCGUCGAACCGAAAAAGACAGCAGACCACGCCCAGUUGCCAAUCCGUCAGGAAAGCGGCGCGAUGGCUUCACAAGUACAAACAGACCGCUAUCCCUACCCUCGACGUCAAGGAUAUCCACCAACUGGCCCCCAGGGCGGUUCCACAGGACGAGCCCAACACCAACCCGUAUAUGCGGGACGUCAAGCGACCGGGAUGCUGGGCCAUCGUCUUGCCGACAACCUUCAGCAGCGAAAGGGAGCAACUGCCGGUCCAGUUCCGGCCCCGCUGCCAAUCCAAGAUGCUCGCGCUGGGCCUCCUACCGAUCAGUCGAAUGUGUCUAGCCCUACCAAAGUCCUCACACCUACAUCGUCUGUUUCAACCAAGUUCAACGUUCGAGCCACGGAGUUUAAACCAAACCCUGCCGCCAGCACAUUCACGCCCGGCGCAUCAACUGUACCGACGUUCGUCAAGCCCGAGUCACGCGCCAGAAGCCCCUCAAACUUCUUCGGAUCGAAAAAGCCGCGUCCCAUCUCUGAGCGUCCAUCGCUUAAAGACCAGUUCAACCCUAUUAAGCGUAUGAAGAAAGAGAGCGCAGAGCAGACUGAGCGGGAUUUUACUUCCAAUGGGGGUAUUCCUUUUGCUUACAACACCCUUCCUACGUGGAAUGCUGCGGCCGACGGAGUCGAAGAGAUAAAAUAUGUCCAGAUGUUCAAAUCGUCGCCUACAUCUCCACAGAGUCGGUCUGCCUCCAAUCCCCAGAUGCCCCAUCAGCCACACCUGCCCUAUCAAUUCCAGCAAACUCCAACCAUGCCACCUACUUCUGGACCUCCCCAUGGACCGCAUCUUCAUCCUCAACAGCACCAUGGAUCGGGCCCACCCCAUUUCGAUGACCCCCACCGUAUGCAAAUGUCCGCCUCUCAGUCGGGAGUCUUCCCAUCCCCAAGGCUCCAGCAUGGGUAUCCGUCACCGAUGGCGCCACAUGCACAGCUUGCCUAUGGCCAGCAACCUAUGCCUCAAUUCUUCGUGAACCAAGGCGGACCACAACCGGCUCACAUGCGGCAUUAUGGAGGCGCUCCUCAAUUUGUGAACCCGCAAGGUGCCAUGUCGGCGCCUAUGAUGGUCCAUCAACCUUCUGGCGGGCCGUAUAUGGGAGUUCCUCAGGCUCCGUUCACGCCUCAAGUGCCAAUGUACUCGCCCAGUCCUGCGCAUGCUUAUCCUCAUGUGCCACCGCCUCAGCCACACGGUGGUUACCCCAGUCCCAGUCGUGGCGCUCCAAUGAUGAUGCAUCAAAAUUCCCAGCCCGGUCAAGCUCCCCAACACGUUAUGUACAUGCCUCCUGGUCAUCAUCAGCAGCCAGUAUUUGCCGGACAGCAACCAGGUCAUAGUAUGUUGCAAGGGCCCAAGAAAAAACCACGCACAUUCGCUAACAAGGUCCCAGUGCCACCCGGCCGAGGUAACUAUCCCCAGCAGCAACCACACUUCCAAUCUAGCCCCCAUCAAGCGCAUCACUACCCGCCCCACCAGCAUCGCACGCCAAGCAGCGGCUUCAACCAGCUGCCUCAAGUUCCUCCUCCCAUGACGGCUCAACCCCCUCAGGCUUCUGGUUCUCAGGCUCAGGAGACUCCGGAUGAAUCCAAAUGA